AUGUACAGCAUUAAAGAGUGCUGUCCCAGCGCCGUCGUCGAGUACCUGGACGCGCUCCGUUCUAAGAGGAGGGCCUCGGACGCGAUUCUGCUGCGCGUCCGCCAACACCUGCUGUACUCCGGCUGGAAGAUCGAUUUCGUGCUCGUUGGUGAGGCCAUAAGGCUGCGCUAUUCCUCCCCCGACGGCGGAUCUUUCUAUUCCCUUCCCAACGUCUGUGCCAACCUGUCCCAAGGCUGCCGGCCGGUCUCUAAACGGCUAUCUGCGAAACCGAUUUCAACCCUCCUCUCGGAAGAGUCUGGAGUUUCUUGCGGUACAAUGACCGAGUUUCUCAACCCAGUCAACGAGGUCAUUAUCCAGCCGGAAUAUUGCCCGGAGGCCGUCAGGGAUUACUGCAAUCAAGCAGGCAAAAGGCGGGGGAAGCCUGGAGCCAUGAAGGCGAAGCAGCACUUAUCUGCAAUCGGGUGGUCUUUCUAUUACACUCCCAAAAGAGGGUUCACGAGGGAAUUACGGUACAGCUCACCCAACGGUCGAGUGUUCAAUUCUCUCCUCACGGCCUGUAAAUGGAGCUUGGGGGCUAAUGCCCUAACAUUUAGGGACGUAAUAGGCAAAAUAGGGAAGGCCAGGAAGAAUCCGUCAAGCGUCUCGUCUGAAACUGGUAAUGUGAGGAAUAGAAUUAGAGGACAGCAAUUUUGCAAGAAAGGAAAGAAGAGAAAAUCGUACUCGAAAAGUAAAAGGGUUCGGGAUGUCAUGGUCCGGUCUUCCUCUCAUCAGAAUCCUCGGACUGUGUUGUCUUGGUUGAUCGAUAGUGAUGUGGUUUUGCCGAGGGCCCGAGUCGAGUAUCGUGGCAAGAAUGGUUUGCCAAUGGCGGAGGGGCGAAUUGGCCGUGAUGGGAUCAAAUGCAGCUGUUGUGGAUUAGUAUUUACUCUCAGUAAGUUUGAGUCACAUGCCGGAAGCUCAAACUGCAGGCCUUUGGCGAAUAUAUUCUUGGAAGAUGGGCGGUCGUUGAUGGUGUGCCAGCUGGAACUGAAACAUAGUAUGGAAAUGAGGAGAACGAAUGGCGUAUCGACAAGUGGCGAGACGAAUGACGAUGUGUGCUUUAUCUGCCACUAUGGAGGCAGAUUAGUACUGUGCGACAAGUGUCCGUUAUCUUUUCAUACCGAGUGCCUCGGAAAUGGGCUGUCGCGAAAAUUCGAACGGAGCACGGGGGAGUCGUUGGGGUUCCAGUACGAAACUGAUCGGACGGAGUUGGAGAAGGGGGGCAACUCGCCGGCGCUCGCAGUUUCGUUCGUUUUCUUCUUGCCUUCGCCGUGGGCCGCCGCCGCUGCCGUCAGAAAGAGUUCGUAUAAUGGAAAGAAAGCCCUUCCCCGGAGAGUAUUGUUCGGAAAGUAG